AGCUCGAGAUUCACAGGCCACCAGCUCUUCUACAUUUUUGGCGUCCAUGGUAUUGGCGCUCUAAUCGUGUCCGGCGGCAUCAAUUUUGCCAUUGCGUAUGCCAUGUAUACUACGCAAGACACAGCGACAAAACCCAUUCGCCUCUGGCAGCUUCCGAAUACAUUGGCGGGCGAUGCUGCCGUUACCAUGAUCAUACAGUGCAUCAUCACCUGGUUCGUCGAGCUGAUCAUUCUUCACUUCGAUCUCAGCCAGCGCUCUGUUCAACCUAUCGGCUUUAUUCCGCCGCCCUCAAACUCUUUGCUGCGUUGCUUCUUCUUCCUUCCCCGAGACGCAACAGCCGAGACGAAGAAGCAGCUUCGCCCGUGGUCGUUCAUCGAAGUUAUCCAGCAGGCUCUGAGGGGCUUCUGUUUUGCUGUUGUGGGCUUCCUGUUGCUGUGGCCCGUUUUCGUGGGCGUGUUGACGGCUUUUGGGGACAAAGAGGGCGGCGACUAUUACUAUCGUCGGAAAUGGGUGCCGGAGAUUUUCAAACUGGUGCUGGGUGGGGUUUUGGGGCUGCUCACGACGCCGUGGAUGGCCAUGUUUUGGCUGGUCAAAGCUGGGUGGGAG